UUAUUUGUUUGGAAUUGAGUUCGAUCAUUUCUUUUUUAAUUAUUAUUUGAGAAAAAAAUGAAUUUCUUUACUUCCUCAGUCAGUGCUGAUGAUGAGUUUGAGAAGCUUGUCAUUCGAAUGAAUCCACCUAUGGUUACUAUUGACAAUGCAUCUCACAAGAUGGUCUCUUUGAUCAAGGUUGACAGUGCAAAUAAGAGGGGAAGCCUAUUGGAGGUAGUGCAAGUUCUUACUGAUAUGAAUCUGAUUAUCAAAAGGGCCUACAUUGCUUCCGAUGGCGGCUGGUUUAUGGAUGUUUUCCAUGUCACGGACGAAUUCGGAAACAAGGUUUACGACAAUUGCAUUGCGGAUCGAAUUCAAGAGUCACUGGUGAAAAGAGCAGAGAGUAUGCGAAAAAUGGAAAGGUCCAUAGUGGUGCAAUCUGCUGCACCGCACACCACCAUAGAGUUGUCAGGCAUAGACCGGCCCGGUUUACUCUCCGAGAUUUUUGCGGUCCUCGCCGAUCUCAAGUGCAAUGUAGUCGCCGCAGAAGUAUGGACCCACAACUCACGAAUGGCUGCGAUCGUCUACAUCACGGACCAGUCCACCGGACUGCCAAUCGACAAUCAGAAUCGUCUCUCCAGCAUCAAGCAGCUCCUCCGCUACGUCCUCAAGGGCAGCAGAGACUGGCCAAGUGCCAGCACCGCAGUUUCGUGCAGUUCGACCCACACUCAGAGACGCCUCCACCAGAUCAUGUACGCCGACCGCGACUACGACCGUCAGAACGCUGACGUGGACAAUGCUAAUGCUGUUGUUGUUAAUGCUGCUAAAACGGAACGGAUCAAGCCUAUUGUAACUGCAGAGAAUUGCGUGGAGAAAGGGUACACUUUGAUCAACUUGACCUGCCCCGAUAGGCCUAAGCUGCUGUUCGAUACGGUUUGUACGAUUACCGAUAUGCAGUAUGUCGUUUUCCAUGGUACCAUCGUUGCCGAAGGGCCGGAGGCCGAACAAGAGUACUAUAUAAGGCAUAUGGACGGGCUCCCGAUUAGCUGUGAAGCAGAGCGACAACGAGUUAUUAAUUGCUUGGAAGCCGCAAUUAAGAGGAGGUCGUCCGAGGGGGUAAGAUUGGAGUUAUGUAGCAAAGAUAGGGUAGGCCUACUAUGCGACGUGACGCGCAUAUUUAGAGAAAACGGGCUUUCGGUGACUCGUGCUGAGGUGGCGACGAGGGGUGGACAGGCUGUCAACGUGUUCUACGUGGCGGAUCCAUGGGGAUAUCCGGUGAAGAAAGAGACGAUCGAGGCGGUGCGCAAAGAAAUAGGGCUCAAUGUGCUUUACGAAAAGAAAGAGAACUGCGGUACGAAGUAUAAUUCGUCGCCAGCUCAGCAGGGUAUCAUCGGCCGAUUCUGGUUCGGAAACCUCUUCCGUUUGAGUUCGGAGAAGUUUUUUUACAAUUUAGGCCUCAUAAAAUCAUGCUCAUUGCAAGUUAAUUAGGUACUAACUAAUUAAUUAAUUGACUCUAGUUGAUAUAUAUACAUAUAUAAUGGGCUUAAAACAUACAU